CCUCACAUUCUUGAGGAGAAAAUGGCGGAAUUUAUACAGAUUUGUUGUGAUUUUGGACUGUUGCUCAAAAUGAUAAGCUGCAGCUGUGAGCAAGGAUUAUCUCAAGGAUGUCUCACACAACGGCCAGAGACUGGUAGACGUCGACACCCUGCAGACCAGGUCUCGAGGGCAACGAGUGGGUGAUUCCAGGGCACGCUCCCUCAGGGAGGCUGCAAUCUUGCCUCCUGCGUUGUCACUUCACCACCUCUGCCGAGCUGUCGUGUGACUUGACUUGAGCUUCACAAGCCAGCGAUAUCGCCAAUAUCGGGCAUAUCGGUAAAGUACAUGCAUGCACUUGACAGUUGUGUCUGCAUGGGACACUGCCUCCAUGGGCCUUGGCCCCCAGGUGCCGGUAUGGAGAAUCUUACUCGUCCAGCUGAGAUCCACAGAACUCGGAAACUGGAGAAUACGGGCACGGUCCAUUGGCAGAAACGAAAACGUCACCGCUCGAGCUUGAACCAACAGCGAUUUUAUAGUGAUGAUGACGAUCGUGUGUCAGGAGAAGUGUCGGAGCUUAGAUGUGCCUGUCAGCAGGAUCCAAGCUCUUCGUCAGAGUCAAGUGUAUCGCCAGACUGUGCUCAGCAACCCGGACACCCCAGGUCAGACAAUGCCACUUCUAGUGGCACUUACACAGGGGGCGUGUAUCGCGGCGGGAGUGUCGAAGCUGUGAACGUUCAGGGCUUGGGGAGUCCUCCUCAGACUGAUUCAUCACCCGAAUCUUCCCUCUCAACAUCAACCGAACAAGCGAGUCCGCGCCAUGGAAGUCACGGUACCCCUCUGCAUGCAACUAUUCUAUCCGGACACGGAUUAAGCCCCGAGAGCUCAGCUUCUAACUCCAGUUCCAGCUCCGGUUCUAGCUCUAGCGAGUCUUCGGAUCCUGCUUCUGGACAACCAUUGAGUCAGACACUCCAGAGCCAGCCCCCACCAGAAGUAUCUCACCUGAACAAAGAUACUUGUUCUGAUACUUCUUCUAAUGAACAAGCUUCUCGUUCAGUCAAUGGCACCCAGUCAACCUCUCCACCUAAUGACGAUGCGGGUCAACUACGGACGGACAAGACAGAGCUAAAGCCAGACUUCCACUUGAGGAGGGGUGCGAAAGAUGUACCUGGCUCUUUACUCUCUCCGGAAGCGCUGGGAGACUCCCCGAGUCAAGAAGUCCAAGCUCAGGUUGGCCUCGGUCGAAAGUCUGAUGAUGACGACGACUCAGGUCAGUCAGACACCCUUGAUCAGUUAGAGAUCGAUUUCAAUGGUUUGCUGUCUUUCGACCCUGGAAGUCCUACCAUUGGUUCGCCCUCGAGACAUGAGAUCAUUGCUAGCAGGUCUCAAGAUGAGGAAUUGGAUCUUGAAGUCUGGCAGGCAGAGAGCUCUGCUGAAGAUGUCCCUGGACCGGAUACAGGCCAUGAUAACGGUAGAGCCCCGGGAGCCAUCCACAAUGGCAUUCGACGCGUCCUCCCCACCGCGUCCUCCCCAGAACCCAAUUAUCCCUAUGACACAGAGGAUGAAGAUCAUACUAAAAGUGUUAACUACACAAGUAACGGUUCUGGUGGGAGCAGUGAAGUAGAUGAUGAUGAACAAAUUGACCAGCCAGAUGAUUCAGAAGAAGGUAAUGAAGACUCAAAUGUAGCCAAUGACCUUCUUCGACAAUUCAACAAAAUCAUAGCCGAUCAGUUGGACUCGGACGGAUUCCAGACAGAUGCUGGUCCCUCAGCCUUCUCCUGUUGGGAGCGCCGCAUUUAUCUAUCCUCUUCAGAUAAUGAUUCAUCAGCCGAAGAGGCCUGUCCCCAGUACGAGUCAUCCUCCUCCUCCGAGGUGUCAGAAGAAGAGAUUGAGUAUGUCUCUGACGCUCGCGACACUGAUGCUGGAACCGAUGACGAAACAGAGUCGACUGCUUUGACUAUUCCAUCGUCUUCAACAAACGGCAUCGCUCCCCCAAGCUCAACAAGUACCUCUGGAAGACGUCGCCUCACAUCCGAGGAACGCGAGAUUGUAAGAAACACACGAGAGAUCGGCGCCUGUGUUCGUUGCCGCUUCCAAAAAAUCAAAUGCCAGGUGGACGUGUCCAACCCAACAGGAACAUGCAAAACAUGCAAGAAAUUCUCAAAAACGUCGCCAAAGACUAUCCAUCGCGUUCCAUGCUCGCGACUCCGAAUCACCGACGUUGUUCUUUAUCGAAGCGGCGGGCUCAAACUCACGAGACGAUGGGCUGGUAUUGAAAUGCGAGAUAUUGGGGAUCGACUUGACACCGUCGCUGUCACGAUUGAGGUCUCACAGAAUCUUUGCGGCAAACCUCUUCGUAUGAAUGUUGUGCGCUUCAGACCCAUUGAUGGCGACGUGACUGCCCGAUAUUGGACUGAUGGUCUUCUUGGGAAGGACACGUUCAAGAAGAAGGAGCUGGCGAGUUACUGCCUUGAAAAUAUCUACGACACGGCCGAAAGCGUACGACAAUACACCAUUGACAAUGCUCUUCCAGCUUUUUAUCACACUAUCCAAGAGGAGAGUGAAUCAGAAGCUGGAGGAGGGCCUAUCAUCAGAACGUACCUCACAGCCAUGGCUCGGUAUAUGGACCUUCACAAAGAUCAUAAAUCCGGCGAAAAGCUCUCGGGGGAUGAUGAGAAAGAGCUCGAGAUAUUCGGCAACCUUUUUAUCCUCUGGUGCGCCAUCCAGCACACUGUAGGAUCUCUCUACAUCGAAGGCAACGAAACACUAGGCAUGCUCCCCGAAACCGAAGACAAAUCCUACCCUCUCUACGGCAAAGUGUCUGUCCCUCGCAUGAUAGUCGCUCAAUUCGACACUCUCAAUUACAACGAGGUCCUCGAGCGAUACAAGGAGAAGCUCCUACGCGACAUCGAUUGGCUGUUCAGCCAGGACAAGAAUCGGUGGUGGUUCACAAUCUACCUCGUCGUCUUCAUACUCCUGCGCGAAGCGAGUCGCAUGACAGCGGAUCGGUACCGACAUGCGAGAGCUAACUACGGAUCAAGGCUGCGAUACUCGAUCCCCGACUUUGUCGAGAGGCUCCACGUCAGCUGCAACAAUAUUCUCGCCCACUGGCAUUACUACAACUGCAAUCAGUGGCCGACUGCCAGGUCGUCAGGCCUCGCUAAUGGCGUAGGAAGGAAAGACCACUUUGAGACUCUGACGCCCAAGGAUCGGCACCUUGUGAAACAGAAUCUCAAGGACCCAGAGGUGAAGAAACACCUUCUGGUAUGGAAACGAUACAAGAUGAACAACGGAAAAGUUCCAAAGAUCACCCUCCAACACGACGCCGGAUCCAUUCGCUACACAGGAGAACAGGACAAGUACGACUGGGAUCAUCCUUUAUACUGGGUAUCGCAAAUGUCUGAGAAGAACUGGUUCCCGCAUCCGACGUAUACAGGCGAACCUGUAUCAGAAACGACGCUCAUGGCUGUCACGACGGCUGUCGCUGCGGUCGGCUAAGGAUGAAGCGAACCGAACACUCGACGAGAACAUACGAUACAAGGCUCGAAUCAACAACAUAACGACGGAUACGAAUCUUUUACUACAUGAACUUUCAUAUUAACAGCAUUCAAAUAGUCCUCAGAGGUGGAAGAGUUGGAAAAAAAGGGCACAACGCCCAGCAUCUAUAGACACACGAGGGCGCGAAUAAACAUACACUUUCACACGAAGAUCACAAUAAAGUAUUCUAAGC